AUGGCCAACAUCACAGUGAAGCCGCUCUGUCCACUCUUGGAGGAGAUGACCCAGUUUCCAAACCACAGCAACUCUAGCACCCGCUAUAUUGACCACGUGUCGGUGCUGUUACACGGGCUGGCUGCGCUGCUGGGCUUGGUGGAGAACGGGCUCAUCCUGUUUGUGGUGGGCUGUCGCAUGCGCCAGACGGUGGUCAGCACCUGGGUGCUGCACCUAGCGCUGUCCGACUUGCUAGCCUCCUCCUCCCUGCCUUUCUUCACCUACUACCUGGCGGUGGGCCACUCCUGGGAGCUGGGCACCGCCUUCUGCAAGCUGCACUCCUCGGUCUUCUUUCUCAACAUGUUUGCCAGCGCCUUCCUGCUCAGCGCCAUCAGCCUGGAUCGCUGUCUGCAGGUGGUGAGGCCAGUGUGGGCACAGAACCACCGCACGGUGGCGGUGGCACACAGAGUCUGCCUGGUGCUCUGGGCUCUGGCGGUGCUCAACACAGUACCUUAUUUCAUGUUCAGGGACACCAUCCCGCGGCUUGACGGCCGCAUCAUGUGCUAUUACAACAUGCUGCUCUUCAGUCCAGGGCCUGACCCUGACGCCACGUGCGACUAUCGCCAGAAGGCCCUGGCUGUCAGCAAGUUCCUGCUGGCCUUCGUGGUGCCUCUGGCCAUCAUCGCCUCGAGCCACGUAGCCGUGAGCCUGCAACUGCGCCACCGCGGCCACCAGAGGACAGGCCGCUUCGUGCGCCUGGUGACCGCUGUCGUGGCGGCCUUUGUGCUCUGCUGGGGGCCCUACCAUGUCUUCAGUCUGCUGGAGGCCCGUUCCCAUUCUGUUACCUCGGUGAGGCAGCUCGUGUCACGUGGGUUCCCAUUCGUCACCAGCCUGGUCUUCUUCAACAGCGUGGUCAACCCACUGCUCUAUGUGUUCACCUGUCCCGACAUGCUGCACAAGCUGAAGCGCUCGCUGCGCACUGUGCUUGAGAGCGUGCUGGUAGAGGACAGCGACCUGAGCGGUGGGUCGGGCAGCCGCCGCCGCCACGUUUCCUCCACCGCCACCUCAGCCUCCACUCUCCUGCCGGCUGACCGCCUUUCCACCCUACGACCUGGGCGCUUGAUCCGCUGGAUGAGGGGUGGUGGAGCAGAGGCCCCGCAGAGGGUCCAGGUGCAGUCCCAGGUGCUGAGCUCCACCUCGGAUUAG